UGAGCAACGCACACUCACCGUAGUAAGCGUUGAGGCACAUAUAUAUGGCUGCCGCCUUCUUCUUUUAAGCAUAGUAGGACAUGAGUACAGCUCGGAGUCUCUGAAAAACUGAAGUUGUUGUCAACUGAAGAACGCUUUUCCUGAUCAAAGACAUUUUUAUUCAGCAACUAUGGCACAGUCUAGUGAUGACGGCAGACUUGAGACCGAUGAUGCAGGCUUGUCAGUAAUGGAUGCUCGGCUUCAUUCUUUCCAGCACUUCCCUCGUUCUCAAGUAGUUUCAGCGAAGCGGAUGGCCCGGGCGGGGUUUUACUACACAGGAGAGGCAGACAAGGUGCGCUGUUUUAGUUGCCGUGCAACAGUGGAGGAUUGGAACGAAGGGGAUGUCCCAUUAAGAAGGCAUCAGCAAGCAUCUCCAGCCUGCACGUUUCUCAACUGUACUCAUGGCCUGAGUGCUCUUCACAACGGCUCCGAUUAUGAUGAAGAGGCCGAAGCCAUGGCGUUCCAGCUACGCACGGGAGAGGUUAUGGAUGAGUCCGUAUAUCCCAAGGUACCACACAUGAAGAGUGAGGAAGCUCGAAUGGGAACUUUCAGUAAUUGGCCGGCGAAUUCGCCAGUACAGCCCAGCGACCUGGCGGAGGCGGGCAUGUAUUAUCUUGAGAGGGAAGACCAUGUGCAGUGUUUCUGUUGUGGCGGGAUGCUGGCUGAAUGGCAGCAGGGCGAUAAUCCCUGGAGCGAACAUGAAAAAUACUCCCCAAACUGCUUUUUCAUCUUGGGCCACGAUGUGGGCAAUGUGCCCCUGGCGACACAGAGUCGCAGAGUGAAUGGUCGGGAAGGCUCUCUGGAGACUUUUGAAGGACGACUUGAUACCUUCAGAAGCACACAGCAUCCUAUAGAACAUGAGAGACUGGCCAGAGCUGGCUUUUACAGUACAGGGGAACGAGACAAAGUGAUUUGUUUUAAAUGUGGAGGAGGAGUGAAGGACUGGUUGCCUGAUGAGGAUCCAUGGGAGGAACACGCCAAGUACUAUCCAGGCUGCAGUUUCCUUCUGGCAGAAAAAGGAAAUGAAUAUGUCAGUCAAGUGCAACUGAGACGUCCUAACGGACACCAUUCAAGGUCAAGUCAGAAUGGAUUUUCAAGUCAUGAGGAAGCUGCACAAAAGGUCAUGCAGUCAGAGAUUGGAAAGAAGGCUGUUGAAAUGGGUUUUGACCCCACCAAAGUGGAGAGCACCCUUCUGCAGAAGUUACGUCAAGUUAGUAGGGGUUAUACUUCAGUGGAGGCCCUUAUUCAAGACAUCGCUGAACAACAGAGUGAUUUAGAUGUUCCUGAAAAACCUGCAGAUGACCCCAUGACAAAACUUGAGAAACUCCAGAGAGAGAAGCUUUGUAAGGUCUGCAUGGACAAUGACAUUAACAUCGUCUUCAUUCCCUGUGCACACCUGGCCACUUGUCAAAAAUGCUCAGAAUCUUUGCCUAAGUGUCCCAUCUGCUGUGUCACUAUUGUGCAAAAGAUAAAGACCUACAAUGCUUGAACAUCCAAGAAACCACAACUCAAAAUUAAACUCUGUUCACUGAAUGUUGUACAAUCCAGACAUUCCUUGUAAUUGCAUCUAAAGUGUAUAUGCUUUGUGUAGAUGAGUGUAUAUGUAAAUAUGUACGCGUAUAUCCAGAGAUAUACAAGAAGUUCAGUAAAAAUGUUUUAUUUUUUUCGUUAGGUCACAAAAUGGUUUGUUUUUGAUAGAUGGGCAGCACACUACAUCAUUUGAUUUCUAAUAUAUUUUAAGUAAAUUAUUUAUAGUCCAUCUUCCAAAAACAACUUUGUGACACGUACGUUGUAUAUAGCUGAUUUCCCUAUGUACAAAGAAAUACUCUGAUGUAAACUACCAUAGUGCCUUUAUAGAGUUUUAAAUAAUCUUUUCAUUGUACUUUAUGAUUUUACAUGAUCAUGUACAAUUCAUUCACAACAGCACAAUUGAGAAUAAUGUGUUUAAUGUCGAUUUAACAGUUUUUUUUCUUAAUUACACAUUUCUGCAGCAUAACUCCUGAUUUUAAGUAUAAACAUUGCAAUUAUGACAAUUAAAUGGUAAUUCCUAAUAUAGAUUGUUUCUGAUUAUUUUUAACAUAGGCUCAUAGCAUUCAAGUAACUCGCAAUCUACUUCCUGAUCACUACAUUAUACAUACAAUUGUUGAUAAAUGUAUAUGAGAUGAUAACACAUUAAAAGUAGUCUUUGCCUAC